AUGCGAACCACGUUCCUGCUCUCGUUCCUAUCAGCACUGGCUUUGCCAGCCUUGGCAAGGCCCGAGCCGCCCACGAGAGUCCUAGCCGCAAGGCAAUCCGUCGUUACGCCUCCCCCGUGCAAGGCCAUUAGCCCACCACCAACAGCAGCCGAGACAGAAGAACGAUUCAACAAGUUUGCCAACGAGUUCUUAGUUACGAAAAAUUUGACGGCUGCUUUUGAGUUUAUCUCCUCAACAUACAUCAACCACAACCCAUUCGCCGACGACGGUCCAAAUGCUGCCUUGGACUUUCUCGGGCCCGUCUGGCCAGGCACCCAGAUUACUGUCCUCCGGACUCGAUACAUCGACCCACAAGGAUUCCUGAACUAUGAAGCCAGCGGUAUCGGAACUGUUGUCGACAGAUUCAGGUGGGAAGCGGGAUGCAUUGUAGAACACUGGGACCAAGGCGAGGUGUUCCCUGCCGACAACUCAAGCACGACGUCGACAUCAAGCAUGAGCGCGAACGUGACAACUACACCAUUGACACCAGUUACAAGCGGUGCUUCCAGACGGUAUUCGCUGCUGGGACGGAGGUGA